AUGUCUGCUACUCAUGAAGGCUACCUUUGGACCCCUGUCGGUGAGACAGUUGGCCUCCAGACCGACGCCGUUGUCAGCAGCACGCCCGAUUCUUCUCUACUUUCCACCUACGAUGUUAUCGUCAUUGGAGCUGGCUUCGCAGGGCUGGUCGCAGCUCGAGAUCUAAGCCGCAACUUGCAUCUGAGGGUUCUGCUCUUGGAGGGCCGGGACCGCAUUGGGGGAAGAACAUGGACUGCCAAAGCCCUUGGCGAAGAAUUUGAGAUGGGAGGGACAUGGGUUCAUUGGAACCAGCCGCAUGUCUUCACAGAAAUUCGGCGAUACGGACUGCAGAAGAAUUUGAAAACCUCUGCAGGGACCGCUGACGUGGAGACAACUCGCUACACAGCUACCUUCUCUCCCUCUCAAGAGAUCAAUGGCGAAGAGAUGAACGCAGCCGUUCAGAGAGCCGCCGAUGCGUUCUUCUCAAUUGACGGCUUAUCCAGCCGCAAGCUCAUGCCGUACCCCCACGAUCCGCUUCGUGAGCCUGCUCUCUGGAUCAAGUACGACCAUCUAUCUGCCAAGGAUCGUCUUGACCAACUCGAUAUUCCACAGCUCGAGAAGGACCUGUUUGAUGCUAUGAUCAGCUCCUUUGGUGCCGUACCUGGCGACCAAUGUGCCUUCACCGAGGUGCUGCGGUGGUAUGCUCUUGGUGGCCAUUCCAUGGCCGGCGUGUUUGAACUUGCGGGAACGUACAAGCUUGGCAAGGGGGGCAUGACCUCUCUGGCUCGAAGCAUUCUGAGCGAUUAUCGUGGACACCUGGUGCUGAAUGCCGCCGUCGAUCGGGUGGUGCAGAAUGGAACGUCUGUUACUGUGUCUACGAAGGUCGGGCAUCGUAUCGAAGCAAAGUACCUAGUCUCGACGAUCCCCUUGAACUGUCUUUCUGGGGUAUACUUCUCGGAUGCCCUAUCUCCCCGCCGUCAAGAGGCCAUCAAAGCUGGCCACAUCAACAAAGGAACCAAGAUCCACUUCCAUCUAGCUCGGGAGGAGCCGGGAUGGUUCUCCGUGGCCAGCGGAUACGGGAGCUCUCCGUGGUGCUUUGCGUUCUCCGACCACAACGGUACUACCGACAAAAAGGGCACGUUCUGCGUUGGCUUUGGCUACGGCUCGCAUCUAACAAACCGCCAUGCCAACGAAGAGAUUAUCUCGACCUUCAAAGAGCAUAUGAACCCUGAUGCCGAGGUCCUGGGGUACCUCACCCAUGAUUGGUGCUGA